AUGGCUCCAAACAAGAUGCAAAUUGACGCCACGUCAGGCGGCGGCAAUCAUGGCCCACGGGGUCCGGGUGGCCGCGCUGUGCGACCCAGGCGAAUCGUGUGGUGCCUGAAGCCAUACAUUGCCGUGCCAUGGGCGAGCAGCAAAGCGUCACCAAGGCGAUGGAGCGGCCAGCAGCCAAUGGGCCAGCGGCACAGGGGCUGGCGGUCGGAGCUGCUGGGUGGAGCAGGUGGCCGGCCUCGAACACACUCACAUGCAUCCCAAGACGACAGGGUAGGUAGGGUUGAUGACGCCUACCCACCGCCCGCAUCCAUGCCCUUGCCAUCUGCAUCCCAGCCCGCUUUCGCCGCCGACGUUGUCACCGCCACCGUGGUGUUCGGGCUUGGGGAUCGAUGUGCAAAGGUCACGCUGAUCGCACCACAGGCUCCGCAUCGCCCGACUUACUCGUCUCCUGCUAACUGCAGCCUUUGCACUGCAUACCUGCACCAUGUAAGUAAUAGCGAUGAUAGCAGUAGUAGAGCAGCAGUCAUAGGCCAUGGCCCCCGCUCGCCGACACCUAAACGUCUGACGCUUCCGUGGGCCACCUGUCGUGGGAGGCAGCAACUCAACGGCCGCGGCGGCACAAUUUUUUUUUCACGCAUGGCGAACGGGCCCGAGGUGACGGUGGUGGAUAUCGCCAUCAGGCUGCGAUUCGUGGGCUAUAUUAAACAACAAGGCACUCGAGCACAGUCACCAUGCCACGCGCUCGUCUGGCGGCGGCUGUUCGCUGCUUGGAUUGCUGGCCCUCUCCUCAGGCCUCUCCAGGCGCAGCGGCCCAGUCAGCCCGCUACUGCAGGCGUGCCGAAAAGAGGGCGGGAGGCCGGAUUGCACGAGCAGAGGCGGGCGAUACGUGGCUCGCUGUGGUCGCAGGCGCAGACGGCGGUCCCUGGCGGCGUUCAUUGGCUUGGGGCGUCUUGGAGGUGCAUUCGCUCGCUCCAAUGCGUGCACAACCACUGCAGCACUCCUGCGUCAGGAGUCAUGACCGGUAGUCACCGCAACCCGUGGGCGGAGGGGGAGACAUGA